AUGGUCUAAACAUCACGUUUUAAUAAUCUACAGCCAUAACCAUUUUUCGUGUGCCCGUGCUUUUCGACACCCGAUAAACAUCCGGGCAGUUUGGCAUACAAAAUGGCGACGCAGAGUGAGGGAGGAGGCAAAGAUGAUCUAAAAACUCAAUUUGUGACAAGAGAAGGAACUUAUAAAUUAAUGACAUUAUCAGAAUAUUCAAGACCUAGUAGAAUAGGUUAUGGGCAGCAAGGGAAUAUGCCUGUCAAAGUGUCGUUCGUGACGUUAAACGACCCGGCAAAUGCAACACCGAGUGACAAGCCCCCAGAACAUCAAACCCUUGUCGUGUACAAUCUAAUGAAAGAGUUAUAUUGCAUGCCAUAUCACGGUUUAAAAAAGGCAGCUGAUGUGAGUAAGCCGGUGGACAAGCGCAUGUAUAAGGGCACGUCACCCACCUGCCAUGACUUCAACAAGCUGACGUCAACUAGCGAAUGCGCGUACCUUCUAGUCGGCUUCUCUGCUGGUCAAGUGCAACUUAUAGACCCAAUUAGGAAGGAAACUAGUAAACUGUUUAAUGAAGAGAGGUUGAUAGACAAGUCGAAGGUGACCUGCCUCAAGUGGAUUCCCGGCUCUCCGAACCAGUUCCUCGUGUCGCACAGCAGCGGCCAGAUGUACGUGUACAAUGAGGAGCUUCCGUGCGGCACGACGAUGCCGCACUACCAGCUGUUCAAGCAGGGCGAGGGCUUCGCCAUCUACACGUGCAAGACGAAGACGACGCGCAACCCGCUCUACCGGUGGGUCGUCGGCGAGGGCGUCAUCCAGGAGUUUGCGUUCUCGCCGUGCAGCAAGUACCUCGCGACCGUCUCACAGGACGGCUACCUGCGCGUCUUCAACUACGACACGAUGGACCACGUCGGCGGCAUGCGCAGCUACUUUGGCGGCUUGCUCUGCGUCGCGUGGUCGCCCGACGGCAAGUUCGUCGUCGUCGGCGGCGAGGACGACCUCGUGACGGUGUGGUCGUCGUCGGAGCGGCGCGUCGUCGCGCGCGGACACGGCCACCGCUCGUGGGUGAGCGUCGUCGCCUUCGACGAGUUCACGUCGACCGUCAACAACUGUGAUCGUGGCGAGAACAGGUCGGCGGCGGCGGCAGGGUCGGCGGCGACGCGGCUCGCGAACGCGUCGCCCAUCUCGAAUCGCAAUUCGACGGACAGCCAGACGCUGCGCGGGCUCGCGAACCGCAUCAUCUCCUACCGGUUCGGCUCGGUUGGCCACGACACGCACCUCUGCCUAUGGGACCUCACCGAGGACGUGAUACGGCAGCCGCAGCCGCGCGCCACCCGCGCGAGCGCCAUCUACCAGCCGACGGCGGCCGCGCCGGCGACGACGAAGUGCAACAGCGUCGCCGUCGGCAACAGCACGCCGAACUGCGCGGCGGGGCCUGCUGAUGGCACGGCGACGGUGUCGACGAGCAUCACGCACAAGUUUGCAUCGCUGACGCUCGGCGACAAGCGCGACAAGGAUCACAAGCGGCACUUCAGCCUGACGCACAAGAACACGAACAAGACGAAUUCGGUGAGCUCGAGCACAAAGUCGCUCGAGGAGUGCUACCGCGCGUACGGCACGGGCGUCUGCCCGCGCCUCGAGGACGUGCCCGCGCUUGAGCCGCUCGUCUGCAAGAAGAUCGUGCACGAGCGGCUGACCGCGCUCGCCUUCCGCGAGGACUGCAUCGUCACGGGCUGCCAGGAGGGCUUCGUGUUGCUGUGGGCGCGACCCAGCAGCACGGGAGUAUCACAGCAGUCUCUGCCAUUGACACAGCAUGCCACUGCUGCCUCACUGACGCCUAAUGGAUCCCCAGUAGGUGGCACUGUUGUCUAGCAGUCAUUUCCAUGACAGAACUGGCCACCAGGUGUCACUGUAUGAAAGUGCCACACAAGGGUUGUCCUUUUAUAGUACUAUGUUUCAGGAUAGAAUAAUGAUAAGAGAGGUCCCACGACAUCUUGAGAAAUCUUUAAUUCCUGUUUUCCAUCAUGAUACCUUUUUUUUGCCUACCCUGUGAUAUUCGAAUGUAUGAGAUGUUGAGCUUUCCAUGUAUGCAUUGAUAAUGCGUAUUAUUUUAUUUAUUAUGAUUGCCUUCCAUCAUUGAUUAUGUAUGCAAAAUCUAUUAGCCAGCAUUUCAGCCUACAUGUUAGCACAUGUACAUGUGUAGUCAAACUGUGUUUUCAUUAUUCAAUCAUUUGAAUCCUAUGAAAGGCUAUUGUUCAUAGCACACACAAAGAAACGUAGAAGACUUGUUUUAUCGCAGUUGCUAAUACUUAUUGUUCAACAUCAGGGUUCGACACUAACCCACGUCCGAUCGACCUAGUCGGGUAAAUGUUUGGUUC